AUGAAACUGCUCGAUCUAAUAUCGGUACUUAGUGCCUCUUCAUUAUUGUCUACAUUGGCUAGUGCUGAAAGCACUACUGAUACAGACAGUACAUCUGCUACAUCGAGCGGGACUUCGUGUAAUCCUUUAAAAACUACAGGCUGUACGCCUGACACAGCCCUGGCGACUAGUUUCAUUGAAGAUUUUUCAUCAUCAUCCGAAUGGUUUACUGAUUUGAAGCAUGCAGGUGAAAUCAAAUACGGCAAGGACGGAUUGUCGAUGACGCUCGCAAAAAGAUAUGAUAACCCAAGUUUGAAAUCUAAUUUUUACAUCAUGUACGGCAAAUUGGAAGUAGUUUUAAAGGCUGCCAGUGGUACUGGUAUUGUUUCAUCAUUCUAUUUACAAAGUGACGAUUUAGAUGAAAUUGAUAUCGAGUGGGUGGGCAGUGACAACACUCAAUUUCAAUCUAACUUCUUUUCUAAAGGUGAUACAACAACAUACGACAGAGGUCAAUUUCACGGUGUCGACACUCCUACCGAUAAAUUUCAUAACUAUACUCUAGAUUGGGCAAUGGACAAAACGACUUGGUACCUCGAUGGGGAAUCAGUCAGAGUACUAUCGAACACAUCGAGCGAAGGUUAUCCACAAUCUCCAAUGUAUGUUAUGAUGGGUAUUUGGGCCGGUGGUGAUCCAGACAAUGCUCCUGGUACCAUUGAAUGGGCCGGUGGUGAAACUAAUUACGAUGAUGCCCCAUUUACCAUGUAUAUUGAAAAAGUCAUUGUUACCGAUUAUUCUACUGGUAAAAAAUACACCUAUGGUGACAAAUCCGGUUCAUGGGAAUCCAUUGAUGUUGAAGACGGUUCUAUUUAUGGUAGAUACGACCAAGCACAAGAAGAUUUUGCCGUCUUAGCUAGCGGUGGUAGUGUUUCUACCACCUCGUCGUCCUCUUCUUCAACCAGCUCUUCAUCCGCAGUAUCAUCAUCAAAAUCUUCAUCCGCAGUAUCAUCAUCAAAAUCUUCAUCCGCAGUAUCAUCAUCAAAAUCUUCGUCAGUAGUAUCAUCGGCAAAAUCAUCAUCAGCAAAAUCUUCGUCAGUGGUAUCAUCUUCAUCUUCAUCUUCAUCUUCAUCCUCUUCAGUGUCAUCUAAAAAGUCUUCCUCGUCAGUCACUUCUAGUUCCGUUAGAUCAUCUGAUAAGCAAUCUACCACAUCAAAGGAACCGUUAGUUUCUUCGACUGCAAGUAGAUCCACAAUUUCUUCUAGUCCUAAAGCAUCUACUAUCGCUUCAUCUACUAAGUCCACAGUUACCCCAACUACUCAUCAAUCUACUCUAUCAUCUAGUAGUCCUGGCCAAGAUAAGAGUAGUGUCACAACAUCGAGUAAAGACGUAGCUAGCUCGACUACUCAAACAUCCAGCAAGCCUACUUCUGUUCAAAGUUCUACUUCCGAAACGAGCUCUCCUUAUUCAGUUCAAAUCGCUAACGGUGCCAUGUUCGCUCAGAGCUUACCAAUAAAAGGGAAACUUUUCUCUCUAUUAGUAACGGUCUUAUUUGGCUUAGUAUGA